CUCAGGUAGGUGCAGUGAGUGCAGUAAGGAGUUAUGGGGACUGUCGUGUUGCUGGUGGCCCUGACGGCUAUGGCAGUGACAGUGGUCGGGGUCAAGGGUCAGGACGGCGAGUCCAUCGCCACCAGCUUCCUCUCAGGCCUGCUGGACACAAUAACUAGCACAGCAGACAGCAAGGACUGUCCUGGAGUGUGUGUGCACACCUUGGCAACUCUCAUCUGCUACGAGGUGUUGGAGGAUGUGGUUUGUCCAUCCCAAAGCAUGCGCUGUUGCAUCGAGCCGCCUCCGAGCAACAGCAGCCUGCCACCCACCAAAGGGGAAGCCCAAAGUUCUAUGACAUCUGUCAGCUCAACAGGACAGCCCACUGGGAGGCCUCAGUCUCCUGACCCUCCAUCACAGCCUGAAUCAGCAGCCUCAACCAUGGAGAAAGAUGACUCUGUGAAGGCGUGUCCUGGGGUGUGCGUGGCAGAGAGAAUUGCAGACUACUGUGAGGCUGUGCUGGAUGUCUCAGAGUUGUGCAAAUCGGGGCUGCGCUGCUGUGUUUCUAGGGAUUCUUAUGGUGAUGGAGAAUUGCCACCAAAUCUUGUCCUAAUGGAUCGCAAUGUUAGUCACCCCACUUCAGGCACAGGCAGUGGGUCCACAAUACCAGUGCUGACAACUGUCACUCCACGACCAUACUCUACCACACCAAGACCUGCAGCCACAUCCCAAAGGCCAAUACAGCCCUGCAGGGGGGAGUGUGUGAGUGGUUUGUUUGCCUUGUUCUGUGAUGAUGUGGAUGCUGAAGCCCAUUGUCCAGAUGAUGGGAGCUGCUGCAUUACAAAUCCUUCCCCUGUUCCAGCAACCAGGUUCCCUGCCACCACAAAGCCAGCUACUCACAUAACCACCACCGGCACCACCACUACAAGCCAACCAAGCACGACAUCACAGCCCCCACUACCACGCUGCCCCGGCUUCUGUCUCAUCAAUAUUAUGGCAGCGUUCUGUGAACGUCCAUCUGUUCUGAUAGCCCACACAUCCAAUUGCCAGAGAGGUUCUGUGUGUUGUGAUAACACCCGUGGACAUCAUAGCAGUGGAGGAACUUCUGGAGUCACAUCAUCAAGACCUCGGCCAAGGCCCAAUCUUCCUGCUACAACCAGUACUACCACCACAACUACACCAGCUCCCCCAGAUGACCGACCAGACUGUCCAGGAUCUUGUAUUGUUCCAUAUUUGUCUUUCACAUGUUUCAGAAAUGCUGAGAUGACAGACCUGUUCAGGUGUCACAAGUUCGGAACCCAGUGCUGUGCUCCGAAAAGUAUGAUCCGUGAGGUACUGGACCAGAAGCACGGGGGCAGUGCUCAAACUAGAAAUGAGACAGUUUCACCUCAUUAUCGACCAUCAGCACCGCAUUCAUCCUCCGCUCUUUUUCCUGGUAGUUCCACGACCACCCGACCACCUGUGUACAGCAAAUAUGUGUGCGGAGUGAAAGGGACAGUUCGUAGCCGGGACAGGCAGGGUCGUGUUGUGGGUGGGGAAGAUGGCGAGCCAGCAGAAUGGUGUUGGCAGGUGGCACUCAUCAACUCGCUGAACCAGUACCUGUGUGGUGGUGCCCUCAUUGGCACACAGUGGGUUCUCACAGCUGCACAUUGCGUUACUAACAUUGUGCGGUCGGGAGAUGCCAUCUAUGUACGUGUCGGUGAUCAUGACUUGACACGAAAGUAUGGCAGUCCUGGUGCACAGACCCUGAGAGUAGCCACGACAUAUAUCCACCAUAACCACAACAGUCAGACACUGGACAACGACAUUGCACUACUGAAACUGCAUGGUCAGGCAGAGCUUAAGGAUGGGGUGUGUCUUGUGUGUCUGCCAGCAAGGGGUGUGAGUCAGGCAGCUGGUAAGAGGUGCACAGUCACAGGCUAUGGGUACAUGGGAGAAGCUGGGCCAAUCCCACUGCGUGUUAGGGAAGCUGAAAUUCCUAUUGUCAGUGAUGCUGAGUGCAUCCGCAAGAUCAAUGCUGUUACAGAGAAGAUAUUUAUCCUACCAGCAAGCAGUUUCUGUGCUGGUGGGGAGGAAGGCAAUGAUGCCUGUCAGGGUGAUGGAGGUGGCCCCCUGGUCUGUCAGGACGAUGGAUUCUACGAGCUAGCAGGCUUGGUGUCAUGGGGCUUCGGUUGUGGAAGAGUUGAUGUGCCAGGUGUCUAUGUCAAAGUAUCGUCUUUCAUUGGGUGGAUCAACCAAAUCAUCAGUGUGAACAACCUGUAGGGCAUGCCCUUGGUGAUAGCAACAAGAAAUUUUAUUCACUUGUAAUACAAACCUGGGUCUCCCAAUCAGAAACUGAAUGAGACAUGCUGAUGAGCUUAGAUUAAAUUAUUCAGCAACUGAGCCCAAAGAUUCAGCAUCACAGAAGUCAAAUUUGUUAGAAUAUGACUCUGAGCCAAUCUAGUACACUCCAUAUUCUCCCCAUGUGUUUCAUUAAGAUACAUUUUAAUGUUAUCUUCUUACUCCAUCUGUCUUUUGAAUAGUCAAAUCUGAGACGACUCCCCAUGUGGUCUAUGUGCCCAACCAAUUAUGACUUUCACUUAAAUACCAAACUAUUAUUUCUAUGGCAUAUUUCCAUAGGGCUAUGUUACAUUGUUUUAUUUAUAAGUUAUUUAUAUUUUAAUUUUUAAUUAAUAUGUUUGUGAAACCAGUUAACUGUCUGCUCACUAACUUCACAUUUAGGGAGCAUGCAAUGGGCUGAGGAUGUACAUGAGAUGGAGAAGCAUGAAAUACAGGGUGAUUCAGAAAGAUGGACACAAUUUCAAUUGGCUAUAUUUCCUGAAUUAUAUGU